GUUUGCGAACUGCUUUUUUUCCGUUUUUUUUUUUUUACCCCCUCCUUUCUCCUCUUCCUUUUUUCGGGCAAAAGGAGAAUAGCUAAAGAAGCCGAACAGAGACAGGAAGAAUGGUGGAGACCCAACAGAGGGAAGAAGUAUAUGAAGGCUGAGAUAAGAAAGAUAGAGAUAGAGAGAAGGGGGAAAAAAAACACAUUAGAAAACAAGAGCAGAGGGGAAAAAACAAGAACUGGAAUAAACUGAUGCAGGAAGAUUGAUGGAUGGCACAACAGAGACAAGUGGCGGGCAAAAUUUGAUGGAUUAAGAGCAAAGGGGUGUGCAUUCAUAAUCUUUCCAGCAUCCAAUCAUCACUGUGAGCAAAAGAAGAUAGGGGGUGCAGAGAAACCAAUCAAAGAAAGAAAGAGGGAGAGAAAUGGGAUAAAGAGAACAAAAGAGCACAACUCAGAACUAACAGCUCAGAGAGAAAGCUCCCGAUUGUCUGCCCACUCCAUCCAUCGCAGCUUUCCAACUCUCCAAACUUCUGAUCUCAUGUCAGGACGUGCCAUUCGAGCCGAGACGAGGAGCCGGGCAAAAGAUGACAUCAAGAAAGUGAUGGCUGCUAUUGAGCAUGUCCGGAGAUGGGAAAAGCGUUGGGUGACGGUGGGAGACACCUCUUUACGGAUCUACAAGUGGGUGCCUAUUAUGGACCCUCGGGAUGAGGAAAAAAGACAACUGGGAAGUAGCAAAGAGCAACAGCCCACCAAAGAGAGAAGGUUUUCUCGAAGCAAUCCUGCUCUGCUCAUGUUUGACCUGAAUGAUGAGAAUAGCAACCAGAGUUCGCUUUCGGAGACGUCCCUGCUGAAAGGAGGUGACACCAGCCCCACACCUACCCCGGAUCGAAGCCAGACGGUGACUCCCACCCCCUUAGGAGAUCUGAAGACCGAAGACUUGCAGCCCCCUCUUUUGGGGCAAGAGGGAGAUUCUGGGGUGCUCCUUCUUGAGGGAACCGAUGACCCUCCCAAACUUAGCAAAGAAGAACCAGAUCACAAGACGUCUGAUUUCCAGGCCACGGACAAAGCAUCUUGUUUGGAACCCACCACAGAUGUGAAAAAACGAACCUCUGAAAUGGAGGAGUCUUUCUUGUUAGAAGGUCCCUCCUUGAAGCGGACCCGUACGAAGGAACCAGCUUUGCAGCCUACCCCACCCUCUGAGGUUUAAUUUGAAGCUUCAGGCCUGUCCUUCCCAUUUCUUCUGAUAGAUGGAUCUAUGUGGGAGAACAUGACAUAAUGUUAGCUAAAUAUGGGUCCAAACCACCUGCCUGCAACAUGUGAUUGCUAUAGUACUUCCUUCUGCCCCCUUGUGACAACACUGUUUACAUGAAGCAUUCAUGUUUUAUGCAUGCAUGGGAAUGAAAUAUGGCUGUGGGAAGGGAGGCCUAUGACCAAAAGAAAUCAUGUAGACUUGCAGAAAUAAGAAAAGCUGUUUACCUUACUUAUGUAGAAGUGUGAUUUAUAUAUUGGGAAUACGAGACAGUAAAAAUAAAGGUCUGUUUUAAAGCACACAUUAGGAAGGUCAAAAUCUUUCUAAAAUUCUAUCUUCUAGCCUAGUUUUUCAGCAUGAAAGAGCAGCCUGUAAUUUAAAAGCAAGGCUACAAUUUUAUAUCCAUUUCGAAGCCAAAUUUUGCAACAAAUUUGGGGAAAAGAGCAAGUUGCACAAUUUAAUAAUGCUAAAGUUUAGGGUACCAGAGGGUUUAAAAAAAAAAACUGGAAAAGGCAUGCAAGAUAUGUCUCUGUUACGGAUAGCCAUUUGUCUGGAAUGGUAGAGGGCCAUGAUGGCAAACCUAUGGCAUGUGUAUGAGGUGGCAUGCAGAGCCCUCUCUGUGGGCACGCACGCCAUCGCCAGCUGCUCUUCUGAUUUCCGGCAUGCACACGCAUGUGGCCAGCUGGUCUUCACGCAUGCCGGAAAUCCAAAGAUCAGGUGGCUGGCCUGCAUAUGAGCACAGGCCAGUGGUCUUUGGGUUUCCGGUUUUCUGGCGCAUGCACAUUCCGGUUUUGGCCCUCGUUUCUAAAAAGGUUCGCCAUUACUGGUAUAAGUUCUCCUGUUUGAGCAGGGGGUUGAACUAGAAGACCUCCAAGAUCCCUUCCAAUUCUAUGUUCUAUGUAUUCUAUGUUCUCGGUUUGCGGAUGACAAACCCAAUGCUGUUUUGCCAGCAGAGAAAACAGAUUGAACUUUGAUGUGAAGGAUCAAAUAAGGCCUGGAAUUAAGCCUCCCAAUUGAAAUGGUUAAGCUUUGCUUUAAAGCAGGAAUGGGCAACUAUGGUCCUUUUAUGACCCGUGGACUUCAACUCCCAGAAUUCCCGAGCCAGGCAUGCAGGAAUUCUGAGAGUUGAAGUCUACAGGUCAUAAAGGAACGAUAGUUGCUCACCCUGCUCUAAAGACUCUUUCUAUAGAGGCAUGUAAAAAAUGUGCAGGGCUGCCAUCACGUGGGUUCAGCGUGACCAUCUUGAUUGUCUAACCUCUCUACAAAUGCUUCUGGAUUCUGUGCACCUGAGACACCAGGCUUUAUAUUCUGAGGAGAAUUUUUCCCCUAUAGUUAUUUCUGUUGCUGAAAACUUGGGGUUGGGGUAAUUAGAAAAGUCAGGAGUCUUGUAUAAUGUAAAAAAAAAAAAAAAACUCACUAACCCACUUAUAACAGGAAGGUUUCCUGCUUUGAUUCAGUUGCCACCUCAAAGAUGCCCCAUUUUUGCCCACUGCAAAGACUAAUUGGUAGAGAAAGGCAAACAAGGCAGACCAACAUCUGGCCUUUGCUCAGGGGUUGAAGGAUCCCAGGGGAAAUGUGCAAAGCUAUAGUUUGUUGGAUAAUAACAGGCAAAAUGAAGCUUGCUUAUGGUAUCUCCUAAGGGAUAAUUCCAGCCAAACGAAUGUGUAGCAUGUUUAGGAGCUACGUUUAUAGUGUCAUGCUGUAAUUAUGUCAUUUGCACCAACUGCAUCAUUCAAAUUAUUUGCAUCCAGGUAGUCCUUGAUUUAUGACAGAAGUUUCACACUGUAGUAUAGGUAGGCCUUGACAUACAACUAUUCAUUUAGUGACCAUUCAAAAUCACAAUGGCACCAAACGGUGACUGUUUUUCACUUACAACUGUUGCAACAUCUCCAUGGUCACAUGAUCAACAUUCAGAUGCUUGACAACUGACUUUAUUUACUGACAAUGCUGUUUCCUGGAGUCAUGUGUCAAGAUCACUUUUUGCUAUCUUCUGAUAAGCAAAGUCAAUGGGGCAGCCAGGUUCACUUAACAAUUGUGCUGCUAAUUUAACAACUGCAGUGAUUCACUCAACAGCUGUGGCAAGAAAUGUCAUAAAAUGGGGCAAAAUUUACUUAACAACUGUCUUGCUUAGCAACAGGAAUUUUGGGUUCAGUUGUGGACAUAAGUCAAGGACUACCUGCAUAAAGUCGAGGGCUGCAUGUAAAGCACCAUGACAUGUGUGAUGUCAUACAGUCCUCACAGAUAUUAGUGGUGCAGUUACAACUAGAGAAUAAAAAUAAUAAUGCUUUCUAACAUUUUAGAAAGGAAUAAGAACUGUAGACUGCUUACUAAAGAGACAGAAUUCAUGAUGUGAAUGCAUUUUUGUCCUUCGGUCUUCCACUUCUUAAGAUUGGCCAAAUUUCAAGUGUACACCGGUAUAUUUUCUCCAAGUGUGUUGAAACACUACGAUCCAGAAAUUGUGACAGUCCACAUCGACAAUCCACAUAGACAAGAAACACUUGUGUGCAUUAUUUGGCAAAUGUAUGUGGCAUUAGGAAGUCAUUCACCAAAUGUGGAUUUGCCUGAAGGAAGAGAUGUCAUUGUAUCCAUUCAAUUUGACCCAUAAGGUAUAGUUGCACAAUUUCUAAAAUGCAUCUAAGUUCUCAGUGGAGGUUUUUCAUGUGUGAAAUCAUUCACACAUCACGAAUGAAGACAUUCAUUCAUAAAAGGUUAAGGCAGUAGUAGCUAGUGAAAGUGUAGUAUUAUUUGAUUUAGCAAUAACAUGCUAGCAUUUUUAUAUCUAUGGUUUUAUAAGUGUCUAAUUUUACAUUGUAAUUUUCAUAGCUUAUAAACUCUUAUUCCUCAUUCAGAAA